CAACCAAAUAGCCUAACGAAGCAUCCUCUUGUUUUUCACUUUUCAGUUAUUCAUGAGACGUGUAGUAGAAUGUAAACAGUUUUUGUCACUACCGAACUUCAAAUCAAUUAGACUAUUGCACAGUGUUCUUCAUACAGAUGUGACAGAAACCCAGAAAUCUGAUCAAACUGCAACCAAAUCAGUAGCUUCAUCUUCAAAGAGAAGUUGUUAUUUGGACGCUUCUAAACUGUUCGACGAAUUGCCUCAAUGGGAUGUGGUAUCAGUCACAACUUUAAUCAGCCAGUUAACCCGCCAAAACAGACAAAACGAAGCCUUCUAUAUCUUCUCCAAGAUGCUUCAGAUGGAAAUCACACCAAACGAGUACACAUUAGCAGCUCUCAUUCACGCCUCCACAUCUCUCAAAAACCUUAAUUUAGGGAAACAACUCCAUUGUUACGCAAUCAAGACAAGCUUCAAUCCAAAUGUGUUUGUAGGCACUGCUGUUACAGAUCUCUACGCGAAAUUAAACACAAUCGAGGAAGCCCAAAUGGUGUUUGAUGAAACCCAUGAUCCAAAUGUCGUUUCUUACACAGCUUUGGUAUCUGGGUACAUAAAAAAAGAGAGAUUCAACGAUGCUGUAAGAAUCUUCAAAACAAUGCCUGAAAAAAACGUUGUAACAUGGAACGCAAUGAUUGGAGGUUAUAGCCAAAAAGGGCAUAACGAGGAGGCUGUGAAUCUUUUCAUCAACAUGUUGAGAGAAGGAAUUGUUCCUACACAAAACACAUUCCCUUGUGUGUUUUCAUCAGCUGGAAAUAUAGCAGCUUUAGGAAUUGGAAAGAGUAUACACGCAUCAGCUAUAAAAAAUUUAGGCAAAAUCGGUGUGUUUAUAGGCAAUUCAUUAAUCACAUUCUAUUCAAAAUGUGGAAACAUGGAAGACAGUUUGUUAUCUUUUCAUAAAAUUCCUGACAAAAAUAUUGUUUCUUGGAACGCUUUAAUAAACGGGUAUGCUCAAAAUGGUAGAGGGGAAGAAGCGAUUGGGUUUUAUAAUGAAAUGAAAGCAAAAGGUGUAAACCCUAACGCGGUCACGUUUCUUGGUUUGUUAUCUGCUUGUAACCAUUCUGGUCUGGUGGAAGACGGAUUAGAAUACUUCCACGAGACCAGAAUGAAGAACCCGAGUCUGAUCGAGCCAGCACAUUACGCGUGUAUGGUGGAUCUGCUGGCUCGAUCAGGGAGGUUCUUAGAAGCAGAGAGAUUUAUUCAGGAUUUACCGUUUGAUCCUGGGGUUGGGUUUUGGAAGGCUUUGUUGGGUGGUUGUCAGAUUCAUAUGAACAUGGAGCUGGGCGAGGUGGCGGGUAGAAAGAUUUUGGAUUUGGAUCCGAGUGAUGUGUCUUCUUAUGUUAUGUUGUCGAAUGCGCAUUCGGUUGCGGGAAGAUGGCAAAAUGUUUUGGAUGUGAGAAGGGAGAUGAAAGAGAAGAGGAUGAAGAGGGUUCCUGGGUGUAGUUGGAUUGAAGUUGGAUUCAAGAUUCAUGUUUUUGUUAAUGGUGAUCGUGAAUCGGGUGACCCAUAUGAAAUCCGGAAGAUUUUGAGUUGUGUUUAUGAUCAUGUAAAAAGAGUUUGAGUCAGUAUUGAUUGUUUGUUAACAGUUAAAUUCAUAGUUCUUCAAAUUUCUCGAUAAUACACCAAAAUCCAUUAAGCUAAA